AUGCUGCACUCUUCUUUCAGGCGACUUCACAUUUUUGAUGCAUGCUAUGUGCUCAACCUUGACCGCCGACGGGAUCGCUGGGCACAUGUCCAGCGGCAAACAGCCCGAGCUGGGCUUGAAAAAUUUCUGAAGCCACUUGCAAAGGUUACCAGGGUGAGUGGCGUCGAUGGAAACGCUCUCGAUGUGGAGGCGUUAUAUCGGGAGGGUGUUAUCACAGAUCUUGGUUAUACCCGAUUUCUGCUUCCCAUGGAAGAGAAACUGUUUGGAAUGGACCUAACACGCGGUGCCAUUGGGUGUGCACUUGGGCAUCGCAAGGUAUGGGAUAUGAUUGUGGCGGAGCGCCGUGCAUGUGCAUUGGUACUUGAGGAUGACGUGGAGUUUCACCACAAGUUUAGCCGGCUGCUGGGGCCACUGUGGGAACGGGUACCCGCAGGUUGGGGUAUUGUGCAUCUCGGUGGACUGGAUCUUCUCGCCACUGGGAAGCCUCCUCGUCCAUUUAUUGAUGACGGCAUUCGUCUCGCGUAUCAAGGUCAUCGCGAACUCACCGCGUACGUUCUGCAUCACGCCUCUGCGAAGCGUUGUCUCGAGCUGACAACGCCAAUGACAUGGCAGGUGGACACGCAUAUUAGCAGUAACUUGGAGUCUGAUCCUGAGGCACAGGACGAGUAUAUUGCAGACCCCAAGACGUAUGUGUUUCAGCCAUCUCUUGCGAUUCAAAUCACAUCCUUGGGGACUGAUGUGCAGAAGCGACCGUCCGAAAACCCUUCACUCGAGGAUGCCGCACGGCGUAUGCGUGAGUUUAUUGGCGGAGGAACCUCUGUGCGUUGA